UGGCUGCUAUGAAACGAAGAGGAAAGCUCUGCUUAAGGAGAAAACAAAAUAAACGUCUGACUAAACAUUAUAGAAGCAUCGACAGGUGAGAUCAGAAUUCUCGCAUUGCGCUUUGGAACUCUAACCUACAUCAUGGAGUGGCCAACAGUUCCUUUUGGAUUUCGGAGAUAUUCGUUGGAAUGGCCGAAAGUACGCUUUGGAAUUCGGAGGGAUAUAUUGGAGUGGCCAAAAGUCGAAGUUUCAUAUUCCAAAGCGCAUACUGAAUACAAAUUCAUCGGAGGCAGCUGGCUGCCCAUGCUCAUGACUCUUACAAUGUUGGCCUCCAUAUUUGUGCCAUAUUUUAUUGUCUUAGCCAGAGGAAACCUCAGUCCUUUCCUGCCGCUUAUAAGCCAAGUUUCUGGAAGUCCUCCUCAAAGUGGAAUAUUCAAUUUGUUCAUUAGUAUUUCGUCAUUACAAGCAUUCAUUGGAUUGAAUCUAUUCUUCAUGGGAUUAAGAAUUAAGGAAAAAAGACUUCAGGACGAAUGGGUUCGACAGACAGCUUCGCUAUUGAAUAAAAUUGCCCUCAUUCCCGGUCAUGUUGGCAUACUAGGCAUGGUCAUUGUUGGAUCUUAUCCUCUGGAUUUCUACAGGAAGACAGAAAUAUGGAUGGGAGUAACUAUUAUUCCGCACCUAAGUGGAGCAUUAUCAUUAUUUUUGGGAGGCAUUUUCUACUGCAUGAUUAUGACAUACAUAAUGGCUCUGAUGCACCCUGAACAGAAAAGGAUUUUAGGAGUCAGGAUAUUCCUUAUUUCCCUUAUCACAAUGUGUUCAGCAUUAAUGGGCUAUUCUAUGAAAGAUGGUUUCAGUCUGGAAGAAGAGAUCUCUACAUCUUGUUCGAUUCAGCCUGAAGAUGUCCAGUACAAUUUGUCAUACCUGAUUGCUGCAGUAUGCGAAUGGGCACUUAUUCUGGCAUUCAUAAUUUUCUUCAUAACCAUGCAACAAGAAGGUAAAGAUUUCUGCUUCACGAUGUGCAUGUCAUUAAGAGAAGAUGAAAAGAGUACAAAGGGAGAGGAAGAAAUCGAAAAAGUGAAAAAUGAUGAGAAUCAUAACACAGGAACUCCGGAUAAAGCAGUAGCAAUAACAGAAGAGCAAUCCUGAAGAAAGGUUCAAUAGUUUGCGAUUUUAAGUACUUUAUUACAAAGAAGAAGGCAGUUUUCCUUCCUAAAUAUUAUUCAUCUACAUUUUGCACUGUUUUAAAGACCUUAUUUUGAAGUUUUAUAUGUAAUCAAAAUAUUUUUUUGACAAAGUGUAUGUUAUUGUCAUCAUGUUUUAUUACAGCUAUGUAGGGUUCACAUGCCAAAUUCUACUAUUUGCAAAUGAAAUUUAAUAUUCUAUAAGUUCAUUAGUUUAUGCUAUUAUUACUAGUGUUUAUUCUCUACAAAUUAAGUUCUUGUAAUUCGUUGGUAAUAAAAUCAAAAUCAAAUGUAAAUUUACAGCUGAAAAUCAAAAUUUUCACUAUGUUUGUUAUAAAAAUGUUAUGAAAUAAUUACAUAAAUUUAUAUUUAAUGAUAAUCACCUUCUAUUCACGAUAAAUAAUAAAUUAUAUCUGAAAUAUGAAUUAACAUUAGUUAAAAUUAAGAAGUUUUAACUACGGAAAAUUGACAAUAUGGUAAUAUGCAAAAUUUGAUUUCACAAAAAUCUGCGUGCUUUUGAGAAUGUUUGCUAUCUUAAAAUCGAUCUUAAUAUUUACAAUUUCUAAGGCAAUACUAUCGAUAAAGUUCAGUGUCAUGUGUUUACAGUUUCAAACAAUAUAGUUCAUGAUGAUAAGCUAAGUUUUUCUGUAACAACAAAGCCAAUUAAAUAAACUUACUUAUUUAGAUUCAACAUUCAGAAGUUAUUACAAAAAUUAUAUUUGUGAAAAUAGCUUUUUAAACAUGCAAUAACAUUAACUGAAGUGCAAUUAUCAAUAAAUGUCAUAGUUCUUGUCCGGUAACAAUAUUUUUCUGUCAUGGAUUUUGAUUAUUUUCAUGUUUUCGAAAGCGUGACGAGAGCUCUUCACAAAGCCAUAUGGUUUUCAAGUCAAUUUGAAACAUUACAAAUUUCUACGUGCAAUGUACGUGAAUGUACGUGAGAAUGUAUACUGUUUUUUAAGGUCACUGUAGUCCAGACUAUGAAAGUGAUGUUUUAUUCGUGUUUACUUAUGUGCGAUUUGUGAUUUUGUGUGUAAUAAAAUUUCUUUUGUGAAA